UUGACCGCUGAAGGACGGAAUAGCGCCAACCUCUCGGCUCCUGCUGCAAUUUUGAGCUAUACAAUGGAGUAUCCACGGACGAUACUGUUCAUUUUGAUUAGCCUGGCUCUUAGUAUUGUAGCAGCUUUGAUCUCUGCUAUAAUCCUUGAAGCUUAUAGGAGGAGAUUCAAUCACGGCCACAUUGAAGCUCCUGCAAUCUUCGAGGACCCAAACUCGUUGAAACGGGUUCCUUGCCCUUCAAUUUUUGAUCCAGCUGAGAAGUAUAUGUCCUUGAUCGUUCCUGCUUUCAAUGAAGAGUACAGGCUUCGUGGAGCUCUCGAGGAAACCAUCAAUUAUCUUCAACAACGUGCAGCCAAGGACAAGUCAUUUUCCUAUGAGGUGAUAAUAAUUGAUGACGGGAGUGUGGAUGGAACAAAAGGAGUAGCCUUCAAUUUUGUUAGGAAGUACUCUGUAGAAAAUGUGAGGGUAAUACUUCUUGGAAGAAAUCAUGGAAAAGGGGAAGCUAUUAGAAAGGGAAUGCUUCACUCACGUGGUGAGCUACUUCUGAUGCUGGAUGCUGAUGGAGCAACAAAAAUUACUGACCUAGAAAAACUUGAAAACCAGAUCCAUGCAGUAGCAGUUGUUAAGAAGGAAGGUUCAAGAGAUCCAAGCAUUAGAAUAUCUGAUAUUCCAAUCACUGCAUUUGGAUCUCGCGCUCAUCUCAAGGAGAAGGCUCUGGCUACAAGGAAGUGGUACCGCAAUUUCUUGAUGAAGGGUUUUCAUCUUGUGGUUCUUCUAACUGCUGGUCCUGGAAUCCGGGAUACACAGUGUGGUUUUAAGAUGUUCACGAGAUCUGCUGCAAGGAAGCUGUUUACCAACAUUCGUUUGAAGAGGUGGUGCUUUGAUGUUGAGUUGGUUUACCUGUGCAAAUAUUUUGGGAUUUCUAUGGUUGAAGUAUCCGUGAACUGGUCUGAAAUACCCGGAUCCAAGCUAAGUCCACGGAGCAUUUUAAACAUGCUUUGGGAGCUCGCACUCAUGUCUGUGGGAUACAGAACCGGAAUCUGGAGAAUUUCAACCUGAGCUUCCUUCCGACUGAAUUUCUCAGACACAAAGAAUGGGAAAGAUGAUCAGUUCACGAAUACGGUAUAUAUUUCACCCGCAAUAGUUCGUGGUGUGCAAAAUUUAGAGCUGAACGAAUUUUGAAUAAUUUUGUAUGCCAAUGUGAUUAUUCUGUUUUUUUUUUUUUUUUUCCUUUAAUUAUUUUGUAUGCCAAUGUUUUAACAUCCCAGCCAUGCAUGUGGCUGGCUAAGUUAUUCUAUUGCAAAAGCUUAUUUGGGGGAUUA